AUGGAGUUCCAGACGGUUACCCACACGACAAAUGAACAGGUCCAGACUGAACCUCAGCAGUGGAGACAAAAGCAUCUUUCCAGCUUCCAUGGAGAAUGUGAGGAGACAGAAAAAGAUUCAACCAUUGAGAGCUUCGUAACAAAUUUUUCAAAUAUCUAUGAGUCAGACCUUUUGCCUGCUCGAAAUGGUGAGGAAUUGACAGAGCAUUUCCUUCAUGAAGUGGUAGAUAUUUUCUUGAAUUAUAUAAAGAAGACCUAUGAUGGAAAGAGUAAAGUUUUGGAUUUCCAUCAUCCUCAUCAGCUUUUGGAAGGGCUGGAAGGCUUCAGUGUGGAACUCUCUGAUCAACCAGAACCUUUGGAACAAAUACUUGUGGAUUGUAGGGAUACCUUGAAAUAUGGAGUAAAAACAGGACACCCUCGUUAUUUCAAUCAACUCUCCAGUGGCCUUGACAUCAUAGGGCUUGCUGGGGAAUGGCUGACAGCUACAGCGAAUACAAACAUGUUUACUUAUGAAAUAGCACCAGUAUUCAUUGUAAUGGAGGAAAUCCUACUUAAGAAAAUGCAUGAAAUUAUUGGAUGGGGAGAAAGUGAAGCAGAUGGCGUAUUUUCUCCUGGGGGAAGUAUCUCAAACCUCUACAGUGUUUUGGUUGCACGCUAUAAACGUUUCCCGGAGAUUAAAACCAAAGGCAUGGCAGCUCUUCCAGACAUUGCACUGUUUGUUUCUGAACAUAGCCAUUAUUCUGUAAAGAAAGCUGCAGCAGUUCUUGGGAUCGGCAUGGAUAAUGUUAUUGCUGUCAAGUGUGAUGAAAGGGGGAAGAUGAUUCCAUCUGAACUGGAGGGAAACAUUCUCAAAGUUAAAAGACAGGGCAAAGUACCAUUGUAUGUUAGUGCCACAGCUGGGACAACAGUGUAUGGAGCCUUUGAUCCUCUCGCCAGCAUUGCUGACAUUUGUGAGAAGUACAGCCUCUGGAUGCAUGUAGAUGCGGCCUGGGGAGGUGGUUUGUUGCUGUCAAGAAGGCAUUCCCAUAAACUGAGUGGCAUUGAAAGGGCCAAUUCUGUUACCUGGAAUCCUCACAAAUUGAUGGCUGUUCCACUGCAGUGCUCAGCUUUCUUAAUCCGAGAGAAGGGUCUUCUCCAAGCCUGUAAUCAGCUCUGUGCUGAAUAUCUCUUCCAACCAGACAAACAGUAUGACACAGCUUAUGACACUGGAGACAAGACAAUUCAGUGUGGUCGGCAUGUUGACGUCUUCAAACUCUGGCUGAUGUGGAGAGCUAAGGGCACACAAGGGUUUGAAAUUCUUAUCAACAAACUUAUGGAACUUGCAGAAUACCUUUAUAAGGAACUGAAGGCAAGAAAAAACUAUGAGCUUGUAUUUGAUGCUGAGCCUGAAUUCACCAAUGUAUGUUUCUGGUACAUCCCGCCAAGUCUUCGACAGAUUCCAAAGGGACCAGAGAGAGGGAAAAUACUUCAUCAGGUUGCUCCAAAGAUCAAAGCAAGGAUGAUAGAAGAAGGCACUACACUGGUUAGCUAUCAGCCUCAUGGGGACAAUGUGAAUUUUUUCAGAAUGGUCUUCUCUAACCCAGCAACCAAGAAAUCGGAUGUUAAUUUCCUCUUGGAAGAAAUUGAAAGACUUGGGAAGGAUUUGUGAUAGCUGACAUUAAAUCUUGAAAAAGGGGACCAAUGUUACAUUGGCAUAAUGGAUUCUGUAUUCAUCAUUAUUUGUUCUGCAUUGUGCUGUGCCGAACCUUUUUCUCCCUUUCCUUCCUAGCAAUUAAUGGUGGGUUUGGGGUGAAAAAAAGAGGCUUUACAAAAGAGGGAGAGAACUUUGAUUAAAUUUUACAUUGGAGUACCGGAGCUUGUGCUCACCUUAUUAAGUGUAUGAGGUGGCCAAGAAGACUUUAUCUUUUCUUAACUUUGGAAAUGCACUCCACCCCUGUGCCCAGAGCAGCGGAGGGUUUUCUCUCUCUCACAC